UUUCCUGUUUUUAAGAAGCGGGUGGAGGUUUGGUUAAACGAAAGAGAGUUUGAUGAAAGAGAAAAAAUAACUCGUCUUCUCAGUUUCGUGGAAGGUGAUGCUAGAGACGCAAUUGAACAUUGUGAACUGAAAUCAAACGGGUUUAGUCAAGCCAUGAAAAUAUUAGAGUCUCAGUAUGGUCAUCCUUCUAGCGUAGUCAAAGCAUCCCUAAAACGAGUCACGGUGGGUCCUCGCAUUGAAAGGGGAGACAACAACUCUCUCCCUAGGCUCAGAAAUAAUUUACGUUCCUGUUUAGAAGUCUUAAAGGACAAUGAGAAUUACAAACACGAAAUUAAUGCAUCAUCUAACGUUGAAAGAGUUGUUGAUCGUUUGCCAAUGCACAUGCAGAUAGAGUGGGUAAAGAAACUUCCGAAAAUUCGUGAUGAGACCAAAUUGCACCCCACAUUACAGCAUGUUCUAGAGCUAGUAGAAAGACAACUCAGAAUCAUGAACGAUCCCCAAUAUGGACACAUUUUGACUACAAAGAGGAAACCAAUUGACCCCAAGAACAGGCUACCGAAACCAUCACCUAAACCACCACUUCAGAAUCAGAUCUCGACGUUGACAACAAACCUCGAAAACUCCGGCCUUUGUCCGUGUUGCAAGGGUAAACACUCACUCACAAACUGUGACUCCUUUGUUAAGAAAACACCUGAAGAGCGAUGGGAAAUCGUAAAGAAUUUAAAACUUUGCCAUUUAUGCCUAGCGUCGGGACACAUGAAGGCCCAGUGUAUAUCAACCACCAUUUGUAAAUGUAAAGCUACCUACAAGCAUCACCCACUCCUUCAUCGAAGAAUUUCGCCACCAAAGGAUAACUCUAAAUUCCAGUCUAAUGAUCGUGAAUCCUCCAAUACCACUCAAAGACAACCAGAGAAAGACAAAGAGAAACCAGAAAGGGCAGCUGGAUCUGAACCACCCAAAUCCAAAUUUGGAAAGGACAGUCAACAAGAUUCGAUGGCAUCUUAUACGACAAUGACGCAAGGAAAGGAAAAUCACGUACUUUUACACGUUGUACCUGUUAAAGUGUUAACGAAGGAUGGAAACUCGGUCACGACAUAUGGACUACUUGACAAUGCAAGCCGUGGAACUAUAGUUGAUGCGAAAUUGGCAGAGAAACUGAACGUGAAAGGAACUAAACAGUCAAUCGCCGUUACAACAGUGCUUGGAACACAGGAAUGCGAAUUUGAAUCAGUGUCCCUUUUGCUUCAGGCUGCAGAAGCCGCAGAUUCUGACCCAAUAUUGGAAGUGAGCGAAGGACUAGUGAAGGAGCUUGAUAUGAAUGAAAGAAUUCUCCCAAAUGAGAUUGACUGUCAAGGAUAUGAGCAUUUGGCUGAUAUAACGAUGCCUGAAGUCGAACUUAAGCGUAUUUCUAUAAUCAUCGGGGAAGAUGUAAAGGGAGCACAUAUUGUGCGCGAAGUUAGGGUAUCCGAAACCUCGGAAUGUGAGCUGUAUGCAACCAGAACAGCGCUUGGUUGGACUGUUGCUGGUAGUGUGAAUACGACUAACGCUGGUCAGAAAGAGUUAUCAGUGAACUUUCUUGAUACCACCAAUCAGAUGCUCAAUCGACAAGUAGAGAAAUUUUGGGAAAUCGAAACAUCAGGAUUGAGGGAGAACGAUUUGAGGAAGGCUGCAUCAGUUGAAGAUCGUCGAGCCGAGAAUAUUCUUCAAAGAAGCACAAAACUUAUAGACGGACAUUAUGAAACAGAAUUAUUGUGGAAGGACGAUUGUCCUCAAUUGCCCAAUAACAGAAUGGUGGCAGAGAAACGGCUGAAAUCUUUAAAGAAGAAAUUGCUAUUAAAGUAGCUAAGAGUUCAAUGUCUUUGCUUUCACGUGGAGGCUUUAAAUUGACCAAAUUCAUGUCCAACAGUCGGAGAGUUCUUGAAGCAGUGCCUGUUGAAAGGAGAGCCUUGCCCGACCUAGAUCUAAGUCUUGACCAACUUCCUAUUGAACGCACGCUGGGUGUCCACUGGAACGUCGAAGAUGAUGCCUUUUGUUUCAAGAUAAAACCUUGUGACAAACCAAAUACCAUGCGAGGUGUGCUUUCAUGUGUUUCCUCCUUUUAUGAUCCAAUGGGAUUUGCUGCACCAGUUCUUUUACCUGCCAAGCAAAUUCUCCAAGUGUGUUGGAGGAGGAAGAUGAAAUGGGAGGAUUUCCUGGAGAACGAUCUACUGAAAUCAUGGAUUAAUUGGAAAUCACUUUUACCAUUGAUGACUCAGAUAAGCAUCCCUCGUUGUUUCUACCGACUUCCAGAUCAUGACGAUGCUGUUGUCGAGUUACACCAUUUUUGUGACGCCUCAGAGAUUGGAUACGGUACCGUGUCGUACCUACGCAUCAUCUACAGCGACGGAACUAUUAACUGUUCGUUUGUCAUGGGAAAGUCGAGAAAUGCUCCCAUUCGGUCACCCACGAUUCCAAGACUCGAAUUGCAAAGUGCAUUAUUAGCUGUACGAAUGAAUAAGAUGAUUAAAGAUGAGCUCGAUAUAACCAUACAUGAAACGUACUUUUGGACGGACAGUAUGAUAGUAUUGUCGUAUAUUCGCAACACGACGAAACGAUUUCAAACAUACGUAGCUAACCGAGUAAACGAAAUUCGGGAAUCAACUGAUCCGAGUCAAUGGCAGCACUGUCCAGGAAGUUUGAAUCCUGCGGACGAUUGUUCUCGCGGUUUGGACCCUCAGCAAUACAUAGAACAAGAGCGAUGGCUAAGAGGUCCAGAGUUCCUUUCGAACCCCAGAGAUACAUGGCCCAAUGAGCCAAUUCAAGAGAUACCCGACAGCGAACUGGAAAUCAAAAGGAAGAAAACGACUUGUGCGACUCGCCUCCAGACGACUGUAAGCCCUCUGCUCUAUGAACUCCUCGAAAGAUACUCGGACUGGUCGAAACUACUUAAAUAUGUGGCUUGGCUAUGCAAGUACAAAGCUUGGUUGAAAAAUGGUAAACGUUUAGAAUGCAAUACUUUAACCGUGGAUGACCUGACUUUAGCUAAACGAACGAUUGUUUCACUUGUUCAACACCAGUCGUUUCCGGAAGAAUUGCAAGAUCUUAAAAGAAAGGAUAAAACCGCUCAACGUGUGAAGAAAUCGAGUUCGAUUGUGAAGCUUAAGCCCAUGCUAGGCGAGAACGGACUCCUAAGGGUCUCUGGUAGAAUAUCAGAAGCACCAAGCACGUUUGACAGUAAACAUCAGAUGAUUUUACCGCAGAAUCACCAUGUUACAACCUUGAUAAUUCGUUUUAAUCACCAACAACUUGGACACUGCGGACAAGAGCAGUUGUUAUCUCGACUUCGAGAAGAAUUUUGGAUCGUUAAGGGCAGAGCGACUAUUAAACGAGUGAUCAGCAAAUGCAUACCGUGUAGGAAAAGAUACUCUGUACGGAUGACCCAAGAAAUGGCAGAGUUACCUAAGGUUCGCCUUACUCCUUUCGAACCUCCCUUUACAAACACGGGCAUUGACUUUUUCGGACCACUUAUGGUAAAACACGGACGGGGUUCUGCCAAGCGUUAUGGAUGUAUAUUUGUAUGUAUGGCCUCGAGAGCCAUACAUCUAGAACUAGCCCAGUCUCUGGAAACCGAUGAUUUCAUCAUGGUGUUACGAAGAUUCUUAAACAUUCGGGGUGGCGUUAAACAACUGCGUUCAGAUAACGGUACAAAUUUCGUGGGCGCAGAGCGCGAGUUACGUGAAGCUUUAGAAAGGUGGAAUCAAAAUCAGAUUGAAGAGCAUUUAAGACAAACCGGAGUAGAAUGGAUUUUCCACCCGCCAUUAGCGUCCCAUAUGUCGGGAGUGUGGGAGAGACUGAUUCGUGGUGUUAAACAAUCGUUGAAGGCUAUCCUAGGAAAGACAUUAGUUAAAGAAGAAGUCUUGAGAACGGUGUUAUCAGAAGCCCAAGGGAUUGCCAAUUCCAGACCUCUGUGCCCGAACUCGGACGAUCCUCGGGACAUGGAGCCGUUAACUCCGAAUCAUCUGUUACUUCAAAGACCAGCGAUUACUCUACCUCCUGGAAAAUUUGACGAUGCUGAUUUGUAUAGCAGAAAGAGUUGGAGACAAUCACAAAUUUUGAGCGAUCAUUUUUGGAAACGGUGGUUACAUGAGUAUCUACCAACUUUACAACAAAGACAAAAAUGGCUUACACCACAACGAAAUUUAGCAGUUGGUGAUCUUGUACUCCUAGUAGACGAGAAACUUCAACGAGGACAUUGGCUACUUGGAAGAGUGACGAAGGUGUUUCCUGGAAAGGAUGGUCUUGUCAGAGUCGCCGAAGUGAAAACGAAAAACAAUGUUUUGAAACGUCCAAUUCAGAAGUUGUGCUUCCUGGAGGCUGACGAAUAAAGGUGGUAAAUGAGCUAACGUGAUACGCUCAUUGGGGGGCCGGGAUGUUACGGACGCUACUAUAAUUAAUCUAAUUAUUUCGCGCCGUUUGUUGACAUUAGCAUAAUUAAUUUAGGGCCAGUCUUCGCGAGCGAGGCUUUUUGGAAAACUAUUGAUAUUCGUGAUAGAUAUACAAACGUAAUCUGCUUUAAAAUCGCCAUAAGAUGUAAGUAUUUCUUUCAUUUUGACUUUGAAACACUUGAACUUGUUGUUAAUGAACGUUAUUUGUAAUUCUAUGUAGCAAACCUUUGUUUACGACCGAUAUUAGUCGAAAUACGGACAGAAUCGAGGACAGAAUGAUGCAUGGAUAUUUGAUAUGUACAAGAUAUUUGUCAUGAUGUACUGCUUAGAAUAAACUAAAUUUGAGAGUAAAUAAAGUGUAAUGACGUGGUGAUUAUUAUUUGAUAUAUAAACGACAUUCGGUUGGGUUCGUUCCCAACACCCGCUGUCAUAUGAUUACUGCCAGGGACCAGGGACCCAGGUACGAUUGCUGCCAGGGUCCUACAAUAUAGUUGCAUUUUUGCAGCUGUUCCUGGUUAGGUCAAAAAAUGUAUGUAAAUUUCCACUCGACAAUUACAUCCGCAUGUACUUGAAACCAGACUUCUAUAGCUUCCAAACAUUGUUUUACAUUGCUUUCAAUUUGUAGUAUUCAGUGCGUAGCAAGCUCGAUAAUUUGGGGGGGGGCAGAUAUUCAUAUAUUCGUGUUCACAGACCAUAAAAACAAUCGAUUUCUAAAGAAAUUAAAAACGCAGAACACGAAUAUAUGAAUAUCUCCCCCCCCAAUUAUCGAGCUUGCUACGGCACUGGUAGUAUUCCUUUCGUUUACCAACCGCUAAACCAACGGUCGAAUUUAGAUUUAAGCAAUUUAGCUCAUCACUCGUUUGCAAAAUUCAAAGACAUCAAUUCUUUUAAUAGGUAUAGGGUAAUUGCUACCCCGUAGAUUGUUACUCUCCCAUGGAGAGUAAAUUUUAACAUUAACUCAGGAGUAAAUUGUACCCUUUGAAGUUUUCUGUGUAGUUUAAUUUGGAUCGCUUUCCUUAUACAGUUGCAUCGAUUGAUGGCAUGCUUGCCCAAAUUAAAGAACAAGCUAAAACACGUUGGAAAUAUGCAGAUUUCGAUCAAGAUGGAAACUUAUCACUGGAAGAAUUAGCAGCAUUUGAAAACCCUGAAGACUAUGAGAAAAUGAAAGAUUACAAUGUGGAAGCAACAUUCCAAGCCCUAGAUGCAGACAAGGAUGGCAAGGUUUCCUUGAAUGAAUAUCUUGGUAAGUAACCCGCCAGUCCCGCCUCCCCCAUGCUUUCGAGCUUUUGGGUGAUAUUUCAGGGGGGAUAAGACAGAACGAUCCAGUGGCGAAACAGGAAUGUCUGCUGAUAUCUUUCAAAUCUUGCCGCAGGGAAUUUCUGUGAUCACAGUAGGAAUUUUGCUUAGGUAAAUUCUACAUUUUGAAGGAUAUGAUUUGCCAGUUAGCGUCGAAGCCGAAGCCUGAGGUUGGAAACUGACAGCUUCAUGUGUACAUUAGUAGAGUUACCUUUCUAUUAAGUGACAAGAAAUUGUUUCAUUUCUUGAGGUUCGGAUGCGUCAACAAACGUGGCUGCUGACGAAGUAGAUUUCAGAGAACGAUAUUUCAAACAGUUGAAAGAUCGAGAUCAGGAUGGUUACAUGAAUAUGGUAUAUGAGCAAUUUAAACUUUGCCAUCAACAAUACACACUUAAUUAGUUCGAGCACACAGGAGACGAUUAGCGUUCGUAGAUCGUAGCAGACGGGGAGGGAGGUGGUCAGAGGUUGGUGAGUGCAGCACGAGUCCACCUUCAUCAUGUGAGAAUUUAUCAUAUGAGAAAAAUGUUAAACACAUACUAACUUAUUAAUACAACAAAUUCGCGACACAUGUUGAACCCCAACCCUAAUCUACCCCCGACUGUAACCUCUUAUACCCUAACCCCUGACCCUAAUCUAAACUCGAUGACCAUUUUGUCUAUAUCCUACCCCGUAUUGUAUUAAUAAAUUCGGACGUUUUUUAAUUAAUUCACAUUAAUUCAAAGAUGGAGCUCAUGUUGGUGAGUGUGCACGUGCCUGUAUAACAUGCCAUGCAUGCAGGGUGGAUUUAAUCACGUUAGAUAUCGAUACUUAAAAUGUUCUCAAAAUGGUCUGCUAGAAAUGAAGGUCUUGCCAAAAGUUUGAAUACAAGUUCAAAUAGUUCACUAUUUUGCAAAAUCCCGGUACCGAUCGCGACUUUCCCAACAAGUUUUGAUAUUACAUUCAACUGGGUCAGGUCAAUUUGGUCUGCUCAAUCUAAGGCCAGGGAAACGUAUAACUUUUCAUGUGCCGAACCGUAAUGCAAAUGAAGUGAAACAAAGAACUUAGCUCAUUAACAUUAGGUGCGGCACAUGAAAAGUUCGACGUUUGACCCUGGCCUAUGGCCCGUUUACAUGAGACCGGAACAAAGUCAAACUGGGUCCAUUUCGUUUCAGUCAUAGUAUUAUUUAUAACUAUAGAUUUACAAGAGACCGGGGCGAAAAUAACUCAGACCGGUCUCAAGUGAUUCCGCUUACUAAAAACGAUGAUUCCGCAUACUGUAAACGUGUUGACAAUUUCAAUUUUCAUUCCAGUUUAACUUCGUCCCGGUCUCGUGUAAACGGGGCCUAAUAGUGAAUUUAAAUUCGAGUAACUUCACCCGCCAUCGUCUCCACACUUGGAUAUUACCGUAUCGUUCCUGCAUGUUUGCAGGCUGAAGUAAAGAAAUGGCUUUAUCGUUCUUAUCCAUCCCGUAUUGAGAUAGAAACAAAUGGCUUUAUGCAACAAAUGGAUAGAAAUAAGGUGAACAUUUACAUUUUUUCUGUGUCUGUCAGCGCCAUUUAUGGAUUUGGUCGGAAAAAGAAACGUCUGAAAGCCUGUUUAAUCCAAACUCUUACAAUGGUAUUAGAAAUUCCAAACUCAAGCUCCAGUGAUGUAUAAGAAUCAUGGGUGGAUCAGGAGGCAUGCAUCUCCUGGCUACGUUGACGCUGUGCUGGAUAGCUUUCCAUAGCGACGUAUAAAAACACCUUUAGGAACCGGUAGAUUAUUCAUGCGAUGUUGUUUCGCUCAGCUUCUGAAAGUUGCACAUUCCGUAUGGAAUAGGUGCUUUUUCGCACCUCUACAGAAAGCUAUCUGGUAUAGGGUAUAUAUAAACGAAGCCUAUAAUACAGCAUUUCUGCAUGGCAUUGCGAGGCGAGGUUUGCACUGACACCCAUUGCCAGAUAGAUAUAAGUAAUUUAUAGGUAGAUAAUUGUUUUAGAUCAACUGAAACGGAGAUAGUUGUAUGACAUCAACCCUCCCAUUUUGUAGGAUGUGUACACGUACAUUUUUCUUCUUCUAAUUUUCAAUUAUUCUUGUAGGAUGGAAUCUUGAACCAAAACGAGAUAUUAAAUAAUUGGGAUCAAUUCAACAAAAACUAUCCUGAUCUACAGAGCGUUUUGUUGGAACAUGAUGAAUUAUAA